UUCAUCCUUCCAUAAUUUACAAAACUACAAUGUCUUCCUCCAUCUCCAAAGCAACCCUCAACUGCCAACAACUCUAUCGUCUAACAUACCGAAUCCUCAACAUGAAUUCCCUCCAUUUCAUCCUCCUCUCCCUCCUCUUCCUCCCCCUCGCGUUCUCUGCCGUUGCAGCCGUUGAAUUCUACUUCUCCUCCCCAACCAAAUUCGACCCAUUCAACCUCAUCCUCUUCAAAACCAUAAUCGCCUCUUCUCAAAAUCUACUCACUCUAAAAACUCUAAUUACAAUUCUCACCUUCAUCUGCUUCAUCGUCCUCCCCACCGUCGCGGGCAUAGCGUUAAUCACCUUUAGCACAAACCAGGCCAUGCAAUAUAAACCUCUCACCUUCUCCUCUGCUCUCAAAUCGCUCGGGCGUUCAUACACCCCUCUUCUCUACACAGUCGUGGCAGGUGCAAUAAGCGUAAUCAUCCUUUUCCUCGCAUUUACCCUUUCCUCAAUCGCAGUCAACAAAGGAGUUAAAGCGUUAGGGUUGGGUUUAGAUAUAUACGUUGUUUUUUCAACCUUUGUAAACUUGAUCUUUUCAUAUGGUUUAGCAUUCACUAUAUUAUUCUUCAUAACAAUAUGGGGAUCAGCAGCCGCGAUCACAGUGUUGGAAUCAAAAUCAGGAUUCAAGGCUCUACAACAAAGCGCGAAUCAAUCAACUGAGUUUCGACGCUACUCGUUUUCCAUAGUGUACUUCACAGGAUUGGUAGGCGGCUCAGCGCUAGCGUGUUCGGCCGUUCUCCAAGUUUCAGGACCGGAAGCAAACUGGAUCAUGAUUGUGAAAUUCGGAGCCAUUUAUUUGACAUCAUCGGUGAUGAUUUUGAUGUAUGUGGUGGGGAACACGGUGUUGUAUGAGCAGUGCAAGGUAGCCAGUGGGGAAGAGGUUGCAAUGACGGCGGUGAAAGGGGAGGUUUCUGGCGAGUAUGUUAGGCUGCUUGUGAAUGAUACAGAGAGUGAGGAGUACUUUAAUGGAGGUUUUAACCACUUGUGGUGUUUUUUAGCAUUUGUUCGGGUAAUUUUACUUUGGGUGCCAGUUGUUUCAUACUGAAAUGAUUUAUUAACUAGGUUUAUCACCUGCUGCAAUGCGGCGGGGAUCGAUUAUAGAUGUAUUAUAGUAAAUGAAAGCCCAAUACUUGUUACA